AUGUUUGUUGGAAAAAACCCAACCCGCCAACAUUUUUUAAGCGGUGUCAGCCGAGCUAGUGUUAGCAGAUACGCAUCAAUUUCAUGUUCCAGGAUCUUGGAUAAUUCUAAGAUUUACCAAAAAUCAGAACUUUCUCUGGGUGAACAUUCAAUCUUCAGAGGCUUGAAGAACACCAAUAUGGCUGACGCUAUUAGAAACGCAAUGACGGGUAUCUUUGACACCAGAAUGUGUACCACGUCCAAUUGUAUUUCGCCAUCUGUUACCCGUGUUGAUUUUAGGACAUAUCGCUUACCAUCUGGUAUUCACGAGCCAAAAGUUCACAGAACCGCAGCCGCACCAGCAUCUGGCUCCAACGCUAGCAGCCAAUUUGUAUCAUCCGUGACACAGCUACCAGGUUCAGUGAAUAUGCCAGAAACAACUCCGCUUCUAUCUGAAAAUGUCAAGCGUAUGAUCGAAUCAAUUCAGUGUUACCAGGAGCGUCAGGAAUCGGGCGGAUGUGGCCUUGUAAAUUUUGCAAAUUCAUGUUACAUUAACAGUGCUCUUCAAUGUCUUUGCCAUAUUCGUUCAUUCACCGACAUAAUUCUCUCUAUACAAGAAAAAUACCAACGUCACUUAACACCGAUCUCAUCAGCAUAUGCUCAAUUAUUAACUAAAAUGAAAUCACUUCCCAGAAGUUCGACUACUGCAUACGAAUUGAAAGCAUGUUUAAGCUCUGUUAAUCAACGUUUCAGUACAGCUGAUCAACAAGACAGUCAUGAAUUCCUUACUACCCUCAUCGAAGCCAUGCACGAUGAAUUAAUGGAUAACUAUCAGGAUGGGUCCAUAGAUGAUCUUAUGCAUGGCACUAUUAGAUCAGUAGUCAAGUGUAAUGAGUGCCUAGACGAAUCUUAUACAGAUCAAUCAUUUUUAUCUUUGCCAAUAUCCGUACAUCAAUCAGAAACAACGACUUCUUUAUCAGGCAUGUAUCAACAGUUUGCUGGCUUUCUCAGUGCGUUCAUCGGAAGGAGCAUCAGUCUUGAUGACUGUUUUGAACGGUUGUUCUCGGUGGAACAAUUGAAUGAAGGUGCCCAUUGGUUUUGUAGUAAAUGUCAAAAACUAACUAAGGUAACAAAAACGUUUCACUUGGAGCAUGUACCAAGAGUACUCAUUCUCCAACUGAAACGAUUUAGUAAUGAUUUGACCGAUGAUACAAAAGUCAAAACCAAAGUUUCUUUUAAACAUCAGCUUGACUUACAAAAGUUUAUGAAUCGAUGUGAAUUAGCUCAGUCCUGGCUAUAUACUCUUGUUGCUGUCGUGGUGCAUGAAGGAACACUAACCAGCGGCCAUUACACAGCUUUUGCUAGGCAUCUGGAUAACGAAUGUUGGCAUCAUUUCAACGAUGAAGAUGUCUCUCCAGCAUCGUCGAAAAAGGUUUUAACAUCAGACGCAUAUAUUCUUGUGUAUGAGCGUAGAUGA